AUGAGAGGGUCAUUGCUUCUUCCAGGCCUCUGCUUUCUGCUAAGCUUGUCAGGAGUCGUGGCUCAGAACACCAAAGGGACCUGUGUUCAGUGCCCUCAGGAUGCUUCCUGUGUCAAUGCCACUCACUGUACCUGUAACCAUGGAUACACUUCUCGAUCCAGGCAGAAAUACUUCACAUACCCCUUGGAGACAUGUGAAGAUAAUGAUGAAUGUAAACCACCCAUUAGUAUAUAUUGUGGAGUGAACGCUGAAUGUCAGAAUACCAAAGGAGGUUUCUACUGUUACUGUAAAGCUGGAUAUAAGCUCCAAUCUGGGAAACCACAAUUCAAGAAUAGCAAUGAGAACACUUGUCAGGAAAGCACAACGAUAACCAACAGCAUUAAAGAGGUGAGUGGAAGCUGAAUCCUAGAACCUAGCCAGUUGCAACGGGUUGUUGAGAAUAUCGAGGCGCUUCUCACCAAUAAGAUUCUAUUGGGAACGGCAGAGAAGAGAAACGUCACGUCCACAGUUACAGCUAUGCUCCAGAAAGGGGAAUCAAUUGUUCUACAAGCUGCCUUGAAAGCCCCAGACCAAAUCAUCCAGAAAGUCCAAAACAGUAGUGUGGCUGCUGUUGAAACUCGAGUUGUCACAGACAAUUGCUCCAAGGCAGUCACCUUCAACCUGAAUGCCCAGAUGAACUCCAUGGAUAUCCACUGCAAUGACAUCAUCCAGGGAAACAUACAAGGUCCCAGUGCAGUUGCCUUUGUUUCAUACUCCUCCCUUGGAAACGUCAUAAAUGCAAAAUUUUUUGAAAAGAUGAAUGAGACAGAUCAAGUUUACCUGAACUCCCAAGUAGUGAGUGCUGCUAUUGGACCCAAAAGGAACAUACCUCUCUCCAAGCCUGUGAUUCUAAGUUUUCAGCACGUGAAGAUGAAGCCCAAAAUCAAAAAGGUCUUCUGCGUCUACUGGAAAGACACAAAGGAGGGCAGCCGCUGGUCCACCGAUGGCUGUGACCUGAAAGAAACAAACGAGACUCACACUAUAUGCAGUUCCACUCACCUGUCCAGUUUUGCUGUCCUCAUGGCCUUCCACAACCAGAAGGAGGAUCCCGCACUGACUGUGAUCACCUACGUGGGGCUGAGCCUCUCUCUGCUGUGCCUCCUCCUGGCGGCCCUCACCUUCCUGCUGUGCAAAGCCAUACAGAACAUCAGCACCUCUCUCCACCUGCAGCUCUCUCUCUGCCUCUUCCUGGCUCACCUGCUCUUCCUAACAGCCAUCGACAGAACUGAGAUCAAGGUGCUGUGUGCCAUCAUUGCGGGUGCCUUACACUACCUCUACCUGGCCUCCUUCACCUGGAUGCUGCUGGAGGGCCUGCACCUCUUCCUCACUGCACGCAACCUGACGGUGGUCAACUACUCCAGUGUCAACAGGUUCAUGAAGUGGCUCAUGUUCCCAGUGGGCUAUGGAGUCCCAGCUGUGAUUGUGGCCAUUUCUGCAGCAUCCAGGCCCCAUCUUUAUGGAACACCUGAUCGCUGCUGGCUCCACCUGCACCAGGAAUUCAUUUGGGCUUUCCUCGGCCCCGUCUGUGCCAUAAUCUGUGUGAAUUUUGUAUUUUUUCUCUUGGUUCUUUGGAUUUUGAAAAGAAAACUUUCCUCCCUCAACAGUGAAGUGUCAACCAUCCAGAAUAUAAGGAUGCUGACAUUCAAAGCAACAGCUCAGCUCUUCAUCCUGGGCUGCACGUGGGGUCUGGGCAUCUUGCAGGUGGGCCCAGCUGCCUAUGUCAUAAGUUACCUCUUCACCAUCAUCAAUAGCCUUCAGGGAUUCUUCAUUUUCCUGGUCUACUGCCUCCUCAGCCAGCAGGUCCGAAAGUGGUUUGGUGAGAUCAUCAAAUCUAAAUCUGAGUCUGAGACUCAUACACUUUCCAGCAGAUUUGGUCCUGACUCAAAACCCAGUGAGGGGGGCUGUUUUCCAGGACAAGUGAAGAGAAAAUGCUAA